AUGCAAGAUCAAAAGGGAUUAGAUUUAUUAAAACUGGAGUUGGAGCAAAUAACAAAAGAAAGAAAUAUGCUUGAAGCUGAGAUUAUGAAGCUAAAACAGAUUAUAGAAGAAAAUGCUAAACGUGAAGCCAAGGAUAUAAGUGUUACUUCUGAUACUCCUUUAAGGAUAACGGAGCUGACUGAGGAGAAUGAAAAGGUACCUGAUCUUCCUAGCAAUUUGGUUGUCAUUAACAAAAAUACAGGUCAAGGCAAUAAAAAUAAAGGCUUGUUAAGCGACGAAGCAUUAGAUAAACUUAUUAAAGUGGCUAAUGGAAUAUUGGAAGAGCAUCAAAAUUAUGUGCCAAUAAAAAUAUGUGAAGCUUCAUCCAAUUACAAUUGA